UACAAUUAUUGUACAUGAAAGUUUGCAAACUAGAGGAUACACAAUUUGCUGACUUUAACAUCUGCGCAUAACUUUGUUGUAUCUUGUUGUUUCUAAAGCUACAGUUCAACGCCUAGAAGCUUAUUGCUUGAGGCCUAUCCUAGGCCGGAGCCAUGGCCGCGGAUGUGGGCCAGGCACUGGCAUUCUUGCGUCAAUGCAGAACAACACAAGGCAGCACCAUCUACGAUGGGCUUGCUGCAGCGUUAGCCAAAGUGCUAGAGGACCGACCUGUAAACGCCGUGGAGGCCUUGGAGACAGCCGUGCUCACAACGCCACCCGCAUCCAGCAUUAGCGUGCCCUUGGUUCCUGUUACCUCAGCAGCAGCAGCGGCCAAGGCUGUGGCGACAGCCAACUUAUUUGGGGACCCCGACACGGUUCUGGAUCCGGAGACCGGCGACCCCAUUGAGCCCGAUGGGCCCAACGACUUCGAGUGCGAGGACGUGGAGGGCGAUGGCAACCUGUUUGACGCGCUGGGCGCUGGCGUCGGGCGGGGCGAGAUGUACGCUGCCAUGCUGGCGGUGAAGAAGCUGGGCGAGGACGGCAAGCGGGGGGUGGCCACGGUGCGCUUCUUCGGCAAGUUCUUCGGCACGCAGGCGGACUACUACGUGUUCGAAACCACCCUGCAGAACAACCCGGACAUGCCGGAGGCGCCAGAGGACGACGUGCCGUACGAGCCGUACGGCGAGGGCGCCAACGCCUACAUCUACUUCGUCUCCAACUCCCUGGGCGGCCCGCUCAUCCAGCUGCCCUACGUCACCCCCGACCAGAUCAAGGCCUCCCGCCUGCUGCGCCGCUUCCUCACCGGCCGCCUGGAGGCGCCCGUGUCCGCGUACCCCGCCUUCCCGGGCAACGAGGCGGUCUACCUGCGCACCCUCAUCGCGCGCAUCGCCGCGGCCACCGUGUGCUGUCCGCGCGGGUUCUUCCUGGCGGAUGAGGACACCGCGGAGCUGGGUCAGAACGAGGAGUGGCUGCCGCUCAAGGGGCGCGAGAUGGCGCUGCCGGUCAACUGGAGCCACCGGUACGGCCACCUGAAGGCGCAGGGGCGGGUGGCGACGUACAAGCGGGACCCGCCGGAUGAGGAGGAGGAGCCGGAGAAGAACUUCUGGACUGCCGAGGAGCAGGAGGCGGGUCCGCCCCCGCUGGCCACCCUGGACACGGACGCGCCGCUGCCCAGCCGCCCCGGCGACCCGGUGCCGCCGCCCGCGUGGAGCCCGCUGCUGGCCUCCGCCUCCGUCACCACCCGGAACCAGGUUGCCGGCGUGCGCUCCAACCGCUGGCCCGGAGCGGUGUGCGCCUGCGUGGGCCGCCACUUCGCCUCCCUGUACGUGGGCUGGGGGCUCAAGGCGGGAGACUUUGCGCCCGCGCCGCCGCCCCCGCUGGCGCCGCAGUGGCCGCAGCCGCUGCUGGAGAGCAACGAGCUGCCGCCCAAGCCGGAGCCGGAGGAGGAAGAGGAGGACGAUUGAGCGGGAGGAGGUGGUGGUGAUGGUGAGGUGGAGGUGGAGGAGCAGGAGCAUGGGGGCAAGGGCGGUUGAGGGGGAGGAGGGCGGGAGAAGGUUGGGUUUGCUGAGAGGAAGACAGAGGGCUAAGGGAACGCGUGCAUGUAUCUAGGUAAGAGGAGGUGGAGGAGACGAGGGGUGUUGGUGUGCAAGGACAUGCUUGAAGUGAGUGGGCUUGGGCUGACCAGCUUUUCAAUGUGGUGUAACUGGGGUACCUCUGUCAUUGCCGUACGUUCCCUAUUGCUGUGGUAGCACGCUUGUAUCACGGGUACGAUGAGAUGCGGGGUGAGCCGUCCUUGUAUUGCCUGUAGCAGUAUGCGACGACAUGUGAGAGCAACGGUCGUAAAGUCGUUGUCGUAGCUGGCUUUUAAGCCGUACCUAGCUUGACUAUUUGAGCUAACAAUUGUAUAAAGACGAGACAUACACUGCAUCCUGGAUGCUCCUAGCCUUGUUGGCGUGGUUGCCACGCUACUGAAGAUGUGAAAGGCUUUGCGCAGUAUACGGGUGGAAGUGAACAACCCAUGAUUAGGAACCCGCAUGCAGCGCUGCUUGCAGCACGGUUUGUAGAUCCCACCGCCCCCCCUUUUCUGUCUACCCUGCGUUUGGAGGCCC